CACUUAUUUAAAGAGCCAGGUGAAACGGUCUCCACUCCUCUCUCACCAUGCGAGGUCUACUUCUCUGCUGCCUUGCGGCUUUGGCUACAAGCCAAAACCUACGAUACGAUAUCUCCCUGGACCCAAAGAAAACCUAUGAGUACAAAUAUGAAGGAGAGGUAAAAUUUGGACUUGGGAAGACAAACCUGGCAGAGUCUGGGGUCAGAAUUACCUGCAAGGCCACAAUCACCGGUGCAUCCCCACAACAAUUCCUACUUCAGGUUUCCGAGUUGGCAUUUGCUGAGUACAAUGGCUUUGAAGGCAAAGAUGACUUUGUACCCUCCCCAAAAGUUACCAAACGUCUUACUUCUGAGCUUGCCCAACCAUUCAUGUUUAUGUAUACCAAAGGACACGUUAGUGACAUCCGUGCAUCUGCUAAGGUUUCCACUACUGUCGUCAACAUUAUUAGAGGUAUACUUAGUUUUUUCCAGCUGACUGUGAAGACUACACAGAACAUCUAUGAGCUGAAAGAGAUUGGUAUCCAUGGCAAUUGUGAGAGUAACUAUGCUAUUGAAGAAAAUGAGGAGACCAAGGAUUGGAUCAUCACUAAGGUUGUGGAUGUGACAAACUGCAAGGAAAAGGCAGCAAUGAACAGAGGAAUGGCAACUGCUAAGGCGGACCAACUAUCCAAAGAGAGAGGAGAAUCUGUCUUUUCAAACAUGAAGUAUAAUUACACCAUCAAGCCAACACCAGAGGGAGGUCUCAUCACCACAGCUCACGGGUUUGAGGAACAGCACUUCAGUGCUUUCAAUGUGAAGGGUGGCAGUUUUAAGAUGGAAGCAAUGAAGGACUUGGUGCUGCUUAGCGUGAACGACACACACAGAGCAAGAACAUAUGGACCAAUGGAAAUCAAAGGCAACAUUGUCUACAAGUUUGAGGAUGUGAAUAUUAAUAUUCCAAUGAUGAUGCAGAACCUAGAUAACCCAGUACCAAAGGCUAUGGAAUUGAUCAAGCGCUUGAGUGAGGCAAAUACUGGUCAUGUUGAUAAUGCCACCACUGAGGACUCUAUGAAGCUGUACCAUCUCAUGCGAGUGAUACCCUAUGAAGGACUGGAAAACAUGUGGAAGCAAUUAGCUGAAAAUCCCAAGUAUAGGCGUUGGUUUUUGGACUCAGUCGUUGAAGCUGCCGAUGUCAGAGUUCUGAAUUUCAUGGAGACCAGAUUUAAAGCAAACGAUUUGACUCCUUUUGAAGCYAUGCAUACCAUCUUAAUGGCUUUUCAUCAUCUUCAGGUCACACCUAACCUUAUUGAAAUGGCUAAAGUCUUCCUUAAGCUGCCAUUCAGUAAAUCUAACACCUAUCUGUGGCACACUGUGGCACUAUCCUAUGGCUCCCUGGUGAACAAGUACUGUGUAUAUUAUGUGCCAUGUCUAGUUACUGCUGCUCAGCCCCUGAUGGACAUGGCGACAGAGGCUCUGAGGAGUGGCAACAAAGAAGAAAUGCUUCUCGCUCUGAAAGCUCUGGGAAAUGCAGGGCACCCYGGGAGCAUGAAAACCAUCAUGCGUUUCAUUCCUGGAGUGGCUGUCACUCCUGUGGAUCUGCCUCUUUGGGUGCAGACUGAAGCUGUCCAGGCGAUGAGACUCAUGUCGACCAGAGACCCUCACGGUGUCCAAGACGUCACCCUGACCAUAUUUCUGCAGAAGCACGUUCCAUCUGAGGUUCGCAUGCAUGCCUUCAAGAUCCUUCUAAGGACUAAGCCUUCGAUGGCUCUUGUGUCCACCGUGACAGCUCGUCUGCUAGAAGAAACAGACCUGCAGGUUGCAAGUUUUGCGUACUCUUACUUGCAUGAUCUCGCCAGCUCCAGGACUCCAGACAAUCACUUUCUUUCGAUUGCCUCCAGCUUGGCUGUGAAAAUCCUUGCGCCCAGAUUUGGCCGUCUCAGUUAUUUUUGCAGCAAAGCAAAGCAUGCAGACUGGUUCGAUGAUAGAUGGCUAACUGGGGUGACAUCUGAAUUAUUCAUGCUAAGAAAUGCAAGCAACAUCAUUCCCUCAGAGCUUGUGUCAAGUGAGAAAAUUCACAUCAUUGGUCGAAUUAUUGAAUUACUGGAGUUGGGUAUCCGUGCAGAUGGAUUAAAGGAACUGUUUGGAGAUAGCAUUCCUGGAUUUAAAGGAGACUUUAGUAUGAGUGACCUUAUGGCUAUUUACAGAGUGCUUCAACGGUGGGAGAGGCUGGACAAUAAUAAACCAGUCAUUUCAGUUUAUUCACGUAUUACAGGGCAAGAGUGGUUCUUCGCUGACUUGAGCAAAGACACCCUCCGAAACAUCAUCAAUGCCUUCAGUCGUGCUGCAGGAAAAUCAAGUCCUUUGUGGGCUCUGAUGGAGAGCUURCAGAGAGGAAUCUCAUGGGACUACACACGGGCAUUUUUGGUCUUGGAGGCUCGUUACUUCGAAGCCACAUCCCUGGGCCUCCCGGUGGAGAUCAGCAAAUACUAUAAUACAAUCACUGCAUGCAACUUUAAAGCUAAAGUCACAGUUAAUCCCCCUCUCACUGAAAGCAUUGCGCAGCUCUUGAAUUCUGAAACUACAGUGGAAACGGAUGGAUACGCUGGUUCCACCAAGGACUUUUGGGUUUUCUAUGGGACCAACACCAAGUUCUUCCAGAGUGGCUCAGAGUUAAAGAUUAAGAGGCCCUUAGCUGUACCAUGGAAGUUAUCUGCCAAGAUAAAUAUGCCAGAAAAGAAAUUUGAGCUUGAUUUCCCCCCUAGCAAAGAGGAAAUUGAACUUCUUUCAAUUAGAUCAGAUUUGUAUGCAGCGUCCAGGAACAUUGAAGAGCCAGAUGCAGGCAAAAUGACUCCGAUGAUGUCCCCCUCUGACGUUCCCAGUCCUGACGUAUUAAAACCCUACAUCUGGCAUCCUACUUCCAAAAUGUGCUAUGAAUACAACAUGUACGGAGUGGGUUUCUGCAUGGAGUACGAUUUAAAACGGCAGUAUUACCACGAGGAGUACCCACUGUACUAUUUCCUUGGAUGCAGCAGCAUGGCAUUCAGAAUAAUUCCAGCUCAGACAACAAAAGCUGUUGAGAAAAUCCACUUUGAGCUUGACGUUGGUCCCAGCAAACAUCCGAUGAGUGCAAUCCAACUGCUUGAGACUGUAAGGAGGCUUUCCAAGGAAGCAACACAGCAAACUGAUCUAUCUUCAGACUCAUCUGAAAGAGACAGAGACAGAAACCACACCAUCCUUCUGGAAGACUCAACAACUAAAGCCGUCUUCAACAUCAAAGCUUUUGCCAUUUGUGAGAACCAGAAGGCUGAGGGUUACGAUGCAGUUAUGUACCAUACACCUGAGGCAAACAUUAAAAAUGCCCAACUAAUUGUGUCCCAAGUUGAAGGAAACACCAACUGGAAGAUGUGUGUUGAUACCAGUCUGGAUGCUAAGGCAAAGGCACACAUCACAUGGGGCGAUAAUUGUCAGGCCUAUGACAUGUCAAUGGAAGCCGCUGCUACAUAUGUCAAUGGUUCCAAGCCCGAGCUCAAGGCCAAAGUAAAAUGGAGCAGGAUUUCCGAGUACAUGACUGAGCUUGGCAAAAGAAUUGAACGCUACGUCCCUGGUGUGGCAUUACUUUAUGGCUUCUCCCAGAAAAAUGAGAGAAAUCCAGAGAAGGAAGUGUCUGCAUCAGUUCUUGCUGGCUGGACAGACAGCAUUGAUGUGGAGAUUAAACUACCAGAGUAUACAGUGUACAACAAAGCUAUGUCAUGUCCAUCCCAAUGGAACAGCGAGUGGCUUUAUUGUAACAUGACAAGACCCUCAGAAUAUUAAAUUCAUAUAAGCAUGAAAACAU